ACGUUUUUCUUCUCGCAGCUCUUUGGCCCGAGUCAAAGAACUUCAGGUUUUGUCUCUCAAGUCCUCCUUUUCAAAGAUUACAAACCUCCGUGUAUUGAGUGAGAGAUCUGUGCUUUCUGAGUGCCGUGAGAUCAUGAGUUUUGUUUUCGAAAAAUGGUGUUCGUCAGUCGAUCAUAAUGAAGAGUAAUGAGUGGAGUCAAACUGAUGAGUCCAUGGUAAAAUGCUCUUCUGGAAAGACUCCAAUAGUGGCUCGGUCGUAAAGGCUCCGUGAAGCGUCGCCUGCGCCAGCGCCGGCCGGGAAGACAGCCGCACACAUUUCGUUCAUUUAACAAUUAUGUAAAUAGCAACUUCAAGGGAGCUAGACCUUCUGCUGAAGCCUUGGACGUGGUGUUCACUCAGAGCCGCGUCUCGGUGCAUGAUCCCUGCUGUAGUGAAGGCAUACUCUAAGCUGUCUACAUGAUAUAGACUCGAUUGAUUUAGCACUGGAUACUAAAUCAAUUCAGCUACCUUUGCUGCCGAAAGUAUGUGUGCGUAAGAUAGAGUUAAGCAAAAACAACAUUUAGAGAAAGUUCAAAGAUUUUUGCUUUCUUUACGAUAUCAUAUCGGUAUUGGGUGUAAGCACAUGACCUUUCGACAUGACUGACGUGUCCCCGCACCUCAACAUUUUACUUCUGGUGUCCCCGCAGAAGACCCUGGGUCCCCCGACGCCCUCCCGUAUGCGCGCCAAAGCCCCCGAACAGCUUCAGCCCACAGAGUCUUCCGAGCGAGCAACCUCGACAGAGACAGAUGUCGACAGGGGCACGGGAAAGGAUUCUCAGGGCAACAACCUUGGGUGGGCCCCUCCCGAGGGCCACAGACCCAUGACUUAUGGGUACGCAAUGCCAACGACGGCACGACCGCGGCAGCGGGGAAAGGACUUUGGGACAGCGUCCCCCCCACAGGCAACACUGGGUAUAGACAGCCUUAGGGUCGUGCCGAGGGAGAGGCAGGUAGUUGGGCCCGAGAGCCUAGGCUUCUCGCCGGCCUUUCAGUUCACGUCUGAGCGAUCGGUGGCGUUCGGCGGCAAGGGACUACGGUCACAGCCACACAGUAUCGGCCCUGCGGAUGCAGCACGUGGUCCCCAUGGGGGCAUGGCGUCGUCUGUAGCAGAUUCUUCGAUUCCCCUGGGUUCAGUUGGCCUGCCCUGGGAAACGGCGCCAUCGCAUCGCUUCCUCCACACACCUGCAGCGGCCGCGCGACCAGGAUCCCCCACUAAGACCCCGCUGGGAAGCGGCAGCGGGCGCCCGGCGACGACGACGGGAGUGGGUGCACGAGGAACCAGCGGGAAGCAGGCGCACAAAAGCCCUCCCGAGGGGCUAAUGAGGAGGCUCUGGGAGGUGGCCCUGCUAACCCUCUUGCUCGUCACCCCGGCAGCAGGGCACUUCGACCGCGGGGGACCCCAGCAUCGCAUCACGUGGGGCCGGGGCAACACAGCCAACUCAGCGGUCUUCGGGGACACGCCCACCAACGUCACAGCCGUGCUGGGUCAUCGCGCCCGCCUCCCCUGCCAGGUCAAGAAUCUCGGCCUCAAGGACGUUUCGUGGAUCAGACAGAGGGACCUCCACAUACUCACCGUCGGGAUCUUCACCUACACCAGCGACGAUAGGUUCAAGGUCUUCCACCCGCCGGAGACCGAGGACUGGUACCUGGAUAUCAGCAGCGUGACCUUCAGAGACGCCGGCGUGUACGAGUGCCAGGUGUCCACGAGCCCGAAGGUGUCUCUACCUGUCUACCUCACGGUGCUAGGUGUACAGGAGGCGGACAUCCCGGGGCCCAGCGAGGUGUUCAUCCAGCACGGCUCCACAAUCAGCCUCCUCUGCGAGGUUCGGGCGGGCGUGGAGGCGGUGGGGCCCGUGCAGUGGCUCAGGGGCUCGACUCCCCUCAACUACAGCUCCCCGAGAGGCGGUAUUAGCAUGGAGCUGGCGAAGAGUCUGCUGCAGCCGUGCACAGCGGCGCCGCGAGGGGGCCAGAGGGGCGCCUGGCGUGGAGGGCAGCUGCAGCAGCCGUCGCCGUCGUGCUCGCCACCUGCGCCCUGCCCGGCCUGCGGUGAGGAGCCACGGUCAAAAGUUGCGUCGUGUACAGUUUGGAAUGUCUUUCGUCCCUCCUUGCCCUCAGCGUGUGUUGAUAAGGGUGACGUGUGCAGAGUCCUAGCUGGCAUCUUGACUCCUUCCCCAUCCCUCACCACCUACCUCCUCGAGAGCCUCGCUGCUCUCUCUUCCGAAGCACGGGACUUCCUUCCGCAUCUCCAGGACGCCAAGAGCCUUUCCCAGUCCCCGAGGAGCGGCAGGACCCUUAGGACACACGGCUCCUUCUAGACCUCAAGAACCCUUCCAUCAGCGCUCACCCAGGCCAGCAGGAAGCUCCAGGAGCAGAGGACGCGUCACCACCAGUGUAGUGUGCCUUAUAUUUUUGUAGGUGUUCCCUGGUAUUGGUGUAAUAAACUAUAUAUAUAUAUUUUC